AUGCUGCCGGCCAUCAUGAAGGAGUUUGGCACUGACCAGUACGGCGUGGCAUGGCUGCCAGCCAUCUUCCAGCUCUGCAAGGGCAUCUUCACCCUCCCCGGUGGCUUCGCCCUGCACCGGUUCGGGUGCCGCGCCUGCUUGCGUGCAGGCUGCUUGGUCAUUCUGGCCGCCUCCGUGCUGUACCCGCUGGCGCCAAGUCUCUGGUGGCUGGGCACUUUGCACGGGAUCUACGGCUCGGCCUACGAUCUGGUGGGCAUCGGCCCUGCCAUCGUCUUCGUGACGACCUGGUUCGAGGAGCGGCCUGGUUUGGCCAUCGGCAUGCUGACCACCGCCUUCAGCGUGUCCGGGGUCCUCUUCCCCCCGUUGCUGGCGCGCCUCACCGCACACCACGGCUGGCGACGCGCCUCGCUGCUCAGCCCCGUGCUGACAGCGCUGGUGGUGCUGCCCAUCUGCUUCCGAAUCAUUCAGGAUGGCCCCGUGCAACAGCGGCGGCAGCAGCAGGUGGUUCAAACCGACCCGGAGGCGGACGGCGAUGAAACUGCCUCCGCCUCCGCCUCUGCCGCCUCGGGCGGUGAAGGCCUCAACUUUCGCCGGAGCCUCGGCCUGGGCGCGGUGUGGCACUUGGCCUUCCUGUCGCUGUACCAGCUCUACAUCGUCAUCGCCCUGAUCAAUACCCUGGUUCUGUAUCUGAAGACUGACGUGGGAAUGGCCUUGGAGCUUUGCGGUCUCUACUCGUCCAUCGUCUUUCAGGCCUCCAUCGUGGGGAAGCUGCUGAUGGGCCUGGCCCUGGACGUGCCGCGGCUGUCAGCGCCUGCAGGGCUGCUGGGCUGCCUGGUGCUGCUGGCAGGCACUCUUCUGCCUCUGGACCUCUCCGGUGGGCUCACCGACAGCCACGGCCAGCUGCUGGCAUUUGCGGUGGUCUAUGGCCUGGGCUUCGGGGGCUGCUACUCGAUGGUCUGCGCGAAGCCGGCCAAGAUGUUCGGCAGGAUGUCCGACUUCGGGAGGCUCCAGGGCUUCUUGAUGCUCUUCCAGGUGAUCGGAGGCUUCCUGGGCACGCUGGUCACCGGCAAGCUGCGGGCGGUCUACGGCAACUACACCCUGUCCUUCUACGUCUUCAUUGCCAUGGCGGUGCUGUGCUGCUGCCACUAUGUGGCCCUGGAGUGCAGUGGAAAGCGUCUCCACACGUGUCGUGAGCGCUCUGAAACGGUCGGCCUGCCAGACGAAUGCGGCACCCGGCGAUAG